UUGUUGCGAAACCACUGGGCAUAUUCGCUCGGCAGCUGAGUGAGUUCAGUACCACCACAGAUGACAGCCGUAUCAGCAUAGACGUCAGGCCAGCAGACAGCGUGGUGAAGUGUCAUAUGCAGCAUAAACCGAGAAAAAUCGACAAGAACUAUAGACCUGCUUUGCAUGUGAAGUUAACACUAAGUGAAUUUCGUUAAUUUAUGGAUGUAACUACUGAAUGAAUUUAUUAUAAUAACUAUUCGUAAACAGCCGUGAGAGUCAGAAACCAAACUGAAUUGUAAAACCUAGCUAAAACUAUUAGUACGGUUAUAAGUAGUACGGCAGUUAGUUUACUCUUAAUCAGUAGUCCACGCAAAUACCAGUUACAUGCAAGUAAGUGUAGUCUGACAAAAAAGAGAGCUAAAUUGAAAUGAAUUUAAUAAAUCUAGGACAGUACGUGCAAACACAUAAGAAAUCAGUUCGGACAAGACUCAACAAAGAAGAAAACGAAAAUGUAAGGUAAUAAUACAUAUCAUUGGACGCAACUGAUUAAAUUUAAUAUAUUUCAGCUUUGAAGCUGCGUGUUAGCUGCUAUCAAAAUCGUUUCCCUUCCCUGUCCGAACAAUCUUCAAAGAUUUUCUGCCGGAUCAUGGAUAGCAGAAAUGGAAAACACUGUGCCAAAUGCGACCGGCCGGACACAGUGGAUAACCUCGUCGGAUGUGACACUUGCGAGACAUGGAUGCACUUUGGCUGUGCGGGAGUAACGGAUUCAAUCGCAGAUCCGAAUCGAACCUGGAAGUGCGAUCGAUGUCGCCCGCAGGUGGAAGGCUCCGUUUGCCAUUCGUCAGUUGGUCGUUCGUCAGCAAGUCGUCGUUCAUCCCGUAUAGAACUCAGUCUGAGAAUGCUGGAGGAGCAAAAGGUAAUCAGGAUGAGGAUUCUGGAAGAGGAGGCAGCUCAGGUGGCUGCGAGAAAGAAAAUCGCCGAAGAGGAGGAGAAUUUUCUAAAGCAGAAGUAUGCUUUACUUCUCGCGGAAGCAGAUGGUGCGGAGGAUGGAGUCAGUAGGAGAUCGGGACUGAGCAGUCGAGCUAGUCGUGAGAAGGUACAGUCGUGGCUUAGUGGACAGGAAGUCGGCGCAUCACAACAAGUGACAGUAGCGCAAUCCAGCAACAUUUCGCCAUCGGCCGUAGUUCCGGAAGCAGCUCAGCAGUCGACGAUUCCGGCAUCUAUCUCCGUAACAGCACCAGCCACGACCACACCAGGGCUCGCGACAGCAAAUACUGGAAAUAUUCCGGUGAUAAUUGCCCCUACUCCAACGUCGACUUCCACGCCGAAUUCUACGGAUGAUUUCGGAAGAACCGGACCCACGGAUGGAAGUGUUAUUCCUGAACUGCUGGAUACCGGUAAAUUUGUUUCACGUAAGCAAAUAGCAAUUCUGGAGCCACCGGUAAGUACAUCGUUGACCCAAUACGAUUCCCCGGUGGGAAUAAGCUCCUUCAUUUCAACGCGACCAACGUCUGCUCCACUGAAAAAUAAAAGUGCUCCCCCGUCGAUCAGUUACCCCCACCAGUCGUUUAACGUGCUACCUUUCGAGUCAGUCUCUACAUCGUAUAAUGUUCCAAUCACCAGUAGAGGUACGUUAGGGUGUGGCAAUAAUACAGUUGCGACUUCAGUUGGGGUUGGGACAAUUGUGGUGGGAAAUUCUACGGCAAGCAACCCGUUUGAUUCUGGUAACGGUUAUGUACCAGUGCUACCGUUGGGUCAGAAUCAACCCGGGCCAUCAGCAUCCUCUUUCGCUGGAGUACACCCGCAUCCUUUGCAAUAUCCUGUUUCGUCGAUUCCCAUAGUGAGUGCUGUGCUGACUUCCGCUUGCAGUUCAACGUGGAUGAACAGUAACCCUAUCAGCAUCGGCGCUGGUGGCGAUGGUGUGUAUGGGCCUACAUCGGCAGUUCCAACGCAAGCUGCAUCGAUGUUCGUCAACAGCAGGCGAGUUCCGGCAGGUUUCAAUCACCCUGUGCCACCCCCAGUCAGCGUUGCACCAACUCAGGUCGAGAUGCCAAAUUCUGCAGAUUACAGUACCCCUUCGGUAGGCCAACCUCAACAACGAGCAGCAACAGUACGACGGGGACCAUCCAACGAACAACUGGCAGCGAGACAAGUGAUGCCCCGAGAACUCCCAAAUUUCUCUGGUGACCCACAGGAUUGGCCAUUAUUCUAUAGCUCAUUCUGCAACUCUACGGAGGCCUGCGGGUUUAGCGAUUCGGAGAACUUAGCGCGUUUACAACGUUGCUUGAAAGGUAACGCGCUAGAAGCAGUAAAGAGUCGGUUGUUGAUGCCACAGUCGGUGCCAUUCGUGAUUGACAUAUUGCGAAGGUUAUAUGGGCGGCCAGAAGUAUUGAUCCACUCUCUUCUUCAGAAGUUACGCGCAGUUCCUUCUCCAAAGUCCGAUAAUUUGCAAUCACAGAUCACAUUUGGUCUAGCGGUUCAGAAUGUUGUGGAUCACAUGACAAUCGCAAAUUUAGCUGAUCAUUUGUGGAAUCCCUCUUUACUCCACGAGUUAGUUGAGAAAUUGCCCCCUCAGCUUAAAAUGCAGUGGUCGUACCACAAAAGUAGAUGCGCUUAUGUCAACCUGGCGGCAUUUAGCGCAUUCAUGUCCGAGAUAGUAGUGAUGGCCUCGGAUGUUACGCUUCCCAUCGAUAGCCUCGCAACUAGUUCCAAACCGAGUAAAAUUGGAAAGGAGAAACCGAAGCUGUACGUUCAUACAGAGGACCAACAGGAAAGAAAGUCGUCGUCAGUCAACGUAGGCAAACAGCUGAAGGAAUCAGCGAAUAGGACAUGUCUGUAUUGCGACAAACCAAGUCACGAGAUAGCAGAUUGUAUGCAGUUUAAGGCACUUGACAUUGACGGUAGAUGGAAAGCUGUGAAACUGAAGAACUUGUGCCGCAGUUGUCUUGUGCCUCAUCGUCGAUGGCCCUGUCGUGCUAGGAAAGAAUGCGGCGUAGAUGGGUGCAAAACAUUUCACCAUAAACUUCUGCACUCCUUUGCAAGUCGUCCGCUGGGAAACACCGAAGUGGCUGAAGCUUCACAAUCCACCGUGGAUCCAAAAACUGUAGUGCACAACAAUCUACACAAUUCGAUGACAUACUCGCUGUUCCGGUAUAUACCGGUAACCAUCCACGGUAACGGUCAGCAGGUCAAAACCUACGCUUUCUUGGAUGACGGGUCUUCCUCUACGCUUCUUGAAUCCGGCAUCGCGAAGGCGCUGGGUAUUCACGGUCCUACGGACGGCUUCUGUUUAAGUUGGACUGGAAAUAUAUCGAGAGAGGAGAAGGAAUCGCAACGAAUCAGUAUUGUCAUCAGCGGUGAAGGCAAGAAGUUUAAACUCCACAACGUCCGAACAGUACAGGCUCUUCGGCUGCCGAGACAGACUAUGUGCUACGAUGAGUUGCAGCGUUCCUACCAUCACCUAAAAGGUUUGCCAGUUCGUAGUUAUGCGGAUGCUGCCCCUGGUAUCAUCAUCGGAAUCGAACAUGUCCGACUGCUAACUUCGCUGCGUCUACGAGAGGGAAAAGACAACGAGCCAGUUGCUACAAAAACACGCCUCGGUUGGUGUAUCUUCGGGAAGAGCUCGGAUAGUAGUGCAGUCAUAGAACAGCUGAAUCUCCAUUUGGACGGCGAACUUGGAAAUAGAGAACUACAUCAGUGGAUGAAACAAUUUUUCGCAGUUGAGGAAUCAAGUGUUACAGUAAAACCAGAACCCAAAGAAGACACACGAGCGCGGGAAAUCAUGGAAGCAACAACUCGACGGGUGAACGGUGCUUUCGAAACGGGACUAUUAUGGAGGUUCGAUCACAUCAGUUUCCCGGACAGUUACCCAAUGGCAGUGAGACGGCUGAACGCUUUGGAAAAACGGUUGAGUAAGGAUCCAAUACUUGAAGAGAAGGUGAAAGAGCAGAUUGCAGACUAUGAGACCAAGGGAUAUGCUCAUCGAAUUACACCUGAGGAGCUGCAGUCUACGGAACCAUCUAGAGUCUGGUAUCUACCACUGGGCGUUGUACAGAAUCCGAAAAAGCCGGCCAAGGUGAGACUGAUAUGGGAUGCCAAAGCCAGAGCUGGAGGAGUAUCGUUCAAUGACAUGCUGCUUAAAGGUCCAGACCUUCUAGUGGCACUGAUGUCAGUUCUACUACGCUUCAGACAGAGGAACAUUGCCAUUGUUGGCGAUAUAAAGGAGAUGUUUCAUCAGAUCCGCAUCCGUGAUGAGGACAGACAGUCACAACGUUUCCUGUUCAGACCACUUCCAGAAUCGCCACCGCAGAUCUAUGUGAUGGACGUUGCCACCUUCGGGGCUACAUGUUCUCCCAGCUUGGCGCAGUUUGUGAAGAAUGAAAAUGCGAAACAGUUUGCCAAAACUUCUCCCAGGGCUGCUAAAGCAGUGACAGACAACCACUACGUGGACGAUUUUCUGGACAGUGUGGAUACGGAAGAAGAAGCUGUGACACUGAUCAACGAGGUAAAAUACAUCCACUCCCAGGCAGGAUUUGAAAUUCGCAAUUUCUGCUCCAACUCAACUGAAGUUCUUGAGAGAAUUGGCGAACGCGGUGCACCACAGGAAGUUUCAAUGAAUCUGGAUAAGUCUUCAGAGUCCGAACGUGUACUGGGUCUAGUCUGGAAACCCGCCGAGGACAUUUUCACCUUCGAUUUGAGCAGUAUCAACGAAGAGAUCAGAACGCUGGUUACUAGUUCGACGAUGCCCACCAAACGUCAAGUUCUGCGUACUGUAAUGUCCUUGUUUGAUCCGCUGGGAUUGAUUUCCCACUUUGUCGUACACGGAAAAAUUCUCAUGCAGCAGAUUUGGAGAUCCGGUACGGAUUGGGAUGAAGCGAUUCCAGAGGAGCUACAGGAAAGGUGGAUUAGUUGGUGUCAGUACAUGCAGCGGCUGGAGGAAGUAGCAGUGCCGCGCUGUUUCUUCAGAGGUGUCGAUCCUUCCACAAUCGAAAAUGUGGAAGCUCAUUUGUUCGUUGAUGCGAGUGAAGUUGCUUGUGCAGCAGUCCUCUAUCUUCGUAUUGUCGAUAACGGAGAAACCCGAUGUGCGCUUGUUGCAGCCAAAACGAAGGUUGCUCCCUUAAAACCACUUUCUGUGCCUCGUCUUGAGCUCCAAUCAGCGAUGAUAGGAACAAGGUUGCUAGACUCGGUCCUGACUUCGCUGGACAUCCAGAUCACUAAGCGCUAUCUUUGGUCUGAUUCAUCUACUGUACUGUGUUGGUUACGAUCCGAUAGCCGACGUUAUCAUCAGUUUGUGGCAUUUCGUGUGGGAGAGAUUCUCACGACAACCAGCGUUGAUGAGUGGCAUUACGUGCCUUCCAGACUGAACGCGGCGGAUGCGGCUACUAAGUGGAAGGACGGACCAAGUUUUGACCCGGAGAAUCCAUGGUAUAAAGCACCAGAGUUCCUAUUCAGACCACCAGAGCAGUGGCCAGUAGAGCCUUCUCGUAAAGUGGAGACAGACAUCGAGCUACGCGCAACUUUCCUGUUUCACAGCACUAUCCUGCAACCGCUCAUCGACGUCUCCAGAUUCUCUAAUUGGAACCGACUACUGAGGACUACAGCUACCGUUCUGCAGGCAGUACGACGAUUCAAAGGGGAAAAGGCGUCCAAACCAAACCGUUUGACACAGAAGGAUUUGUAUGAUGCCGAAAAUCUCCUGUGGCGACAGGUACAAACUGAAACGUAUCCAGACGAGUAUGCUGUUUUACAACGCAACUUAUCGGAACUCGAUUGCCCGGUAUCAAUUCCAAAGUCCAGCCCUCUGUAUCGACUGUCCCCCUUUAUCGACGAAACCGGUGUCAUCAGAAUGAACAGUAGACUCAGCGCAGCCCCAGCGAUUUCUGCAGAUGCGAAGUACCCGAUUCCACUACAGAAGAAGCAUCAUGUAACGUACCUUGUUGUUGACGAUUAUCAUCGACGAUUUCUACAUGGAAAUGGAGAGACAGUUUGCAACGAGAUACGUCAGCGGUUUUGGAUACCAAGUUUGCGAAACUUAGUCCGUCAGGUGUCGAGGCAGUGUAUGCUGUGUCGCGUCAAGAAAGCUGUCCCACAACCACCUACUAUGGCACCACUACCAGAGGCACGAGUUACUGGAUGCGUUCGUCCAUUUACGCACACCGGAGUGGACUAUUUCGGGCCGAUUCAGGUCAAACGCGGACGCAGUUUGGAGAAAAGAUGGGUGGCACUGUUCACGUGUCUAGCGAUUCGUGCCGUUCAUGUAGAGUUGGUGCACAGUCUGUCUACCCAAUCGUGCAUAAUGGCAAUAAGGCGUUUCGUAUCUCGGCGCGGUUCUCCCGAUGUCUUCUACAGCGACAACGGAACAAACUUUGUGGGAGCCAGCAACCUUUUGUCGAAGCAGAUCCAGGAUAUCCACGAAGACUGUGCGACGACUUUCACCAAUUCAGCAACCAGAUGGGAUUUCAACCCGCCCUCGGCUCCGCAUAUGGGCGGAUCGUGGGAGCGCAUGGUGCGCUCAGUAAAGACAGCAAUGACAGCGAUAGCAGAUCACCCACAUUCUCCAAGCGACGAAGUUCUACAGACAGUCAUCAUAGAAGCAGAGUCGGUUGUCAACUCCAGGCCAUUGACCUACAUUCCACUGGAGUCUUCAGAACAGGAGGCCUUAACGCCGAACCACUUUCUUCUUUACGGAACCAAGGGUGUCAAUCAACCAGCCAGUUCGUUGAAUACUGUCGGAAGCAGUUUACGUGACAGUUGGCGUUUGGCGCAGUUCUUGGUAGAUCAGUUUUGGCGUCGAUGGAUUCGUGAAUACUUGCCAACCAUCGCGAGACGUACUAAGUGGUUCGAGUCAGUCAAGCCGUUAGAACCAGGGGAUCUUGUACUUGUCAUAGAUGAGGGUAAGCGGAACGGUUGGUUACGAGGUCGGAUUGUGGAUGUGACUACGGCAGCAGAUGGACAAGUUCGGCGUGCAGUUGUGCAAACAAAGAACGGUUUAGUAAGUCGGCCCGCAGUCAAGCUGGCGCUUCUGGACCUUCGGACAUCUGGACGGUCCGGAACUACACGGGCGGGGGUAUGUUGCGAAACCACUGGGCAUAUUCGCUCGGCAGCUGAGUGAGUUCAGUACCACCACAGAUGACAGCCGUAUCAGCAUAGACGUCAGGCCAGCAGACAGCGUGGUGAAGUGUCAUAUGCAGCAUAAACCGAGAAAAAUCGACAAGAACUAUAGACCUGCUUUGCAUGUGAAGUUAACACUAAGUGAAUUUCGUUAAUUUAUGGAUGUAACUACUGAAUGAAUUUAUUAUAAUAACUAUUCGUAAACAGCCGUGAGAGUCAGAAACCAAACUGAAUUGUAAAACCUAGCUAAAACUAUUAGUACGGUUAUAAGUAGUACGGCAGUUAGUUUACUCUUAAUCAGUAGUCCACGCAAAUACCAGUUACAUGCAAGACAGUACGUGCAAACACAUAAGAAAUCA